UUCUUUACCAAUCGUGCAACAUCGGGCAUUUCCGUAUGCUCCGGUAAAUACACAAUUGCGUAGCAUAAAGGCUGAUGUGAUCAGAUAUGCGAUCUUUACCAGUUUGAACUGGAAUAUUCAAGAUUCAAGAAGACAUUGGAUGAAAAUGGACAGGAAAAGCAGUAGAUUUAUGUUUCGGAGAGGAAAAUAUCGACAAUGAAGUUCCUUGAUAAAACUUGACAGUGUGCAAGGGAGCUGUAAAAACGUCUUUAGAUAUCUGUUAAAUCAGUCGUUAAAAAACUUUAUUUUAUUUUUUAAACUACGGAAAGCAACAACAAAUAGAGAGCAUUGAGCUAAUAAAAAAAAAGGAACAUAACAACUAAGACCACACAAGACUGUUGAAAAAUGGCCCUCGGGUCUGACAAUCUUAUUGAUGAUUGUGAAGAAGAUCAUGAACAUUUGGUAAAUAAUCAUUCAGUAAACAGCUUCAUGUCGGAGAAUCACGAGUUUACGAUAACUCAGUCAUUCGGUGACCGAAAAUAUUCAACGAUGUGUUUCAAACCGAGCAACCAGAACAUGGUUGAUAUUGUUAUAACACGGGGAGAAUAUAAAAAUGGCAAACCGGACUUGUUAAUGAACAACAUCGGAUCACAGGAUAUUCGAAGGAAAUACUUGGUGAAAGCCAAAUUUGGAGUCGCGAUUGUGAUAGUAAUGCUGAUCGUGAUGCUUGCUUUCGUGGUAUUAUGCUUGCUGGCUUCUCCACCUGGAGAUUCAGAGUCGAGCAGUUCCGGGCUUACAACGAUAAUAGAACAUGCCAAUACGACAUUGUUAAAUUUGACACAGACUACUUCAGUUUCCGAAGGACAAAACGUUCAACCCUAGAUUGGAUAAAGUAACUGAGCAGUAGAUUUUCAAUUUACUAGUGGGUUUGAAAGGUAUUUUCUGCAAAUCUAUCAAGAAAAGUGUCUUUGCUUCUAAAGCACUGUUGUAAAUCAUUAUGUAUUAAAAUUUAAUCAUUUCUGUCAAAAAACAAUAGUAAAUGGUGACAGAGAUUAACACACUAUUACUAAUAUUCAUGCCAUGCUGUAAUCUCAUGCCAUGACAGCAUGAUUGGUACUAAGAGAACAUAGCAGAUGUAAGAAGUGUCAGUCUUCGCUUGUAAAAUUUUGCUUAUUUAUAUUAUUGAAUAAGUUAUUUGUAAUACCAUUUUUCUUGUUAUAUUGAUUUUACCCAGUUGUCUAUGUUGUUUUUUACCUAGUUAUAUAUUUAUAAUUAGUUGCUUAUUCUUUGUUAGUUACUUUGCUUUAUUUCGCUUUCUAUUUUAUACUCUAGCUUGCCAUUCAAUUUCUUUGUUGCUUGUUUUAUUAUUUUUGUUUAAGUUACUGCUUUGUUAUUAAAGCACCUUUAAUCUUUUGAUCUGAAGUAAAGAAAUCCUAGAAUUGAAGUCCUUUACCCUUUUGAAAGUCUCCCGGUUUUAUCAAAUCUCCCAGUUUUAUCAAAUCUCCCAGUUCUAUCAUAUCAUUUUUCUCUUGAGAUAACUAAAGAUAUGCACUUACCAUUGUGUUAUUCUUUAUGUCUGUCUGAUCAGUUAUAUUUGUUUGUCCUUUAAAAUAUGUCUUUUUACAAAAUGUCUUUAAUAUUCUGCCUUUUGCAUCCUUGACAUACUAUGACAGUGUGUAUCCACAUAAAAUUGACAUUUAUUUAACAGAAUACAUGUAUAUGGAAAGUUUUUUUUUUUCACAUUUCUUAGCAUCCAAGUCUUUAAAAGACUGCAAAAACAGCAGUAUUUGGGAACAUUUAAAGACAAACUGUUUGAAAAUUUCAAAGUUUGUAACAAAUUAGUUAAUCUAUUUGUGAUACAAAGUAAUACAUUAAAUUUUGUGAUGUUACAGGACCAAAAAUUGCCAAGAAAUUAAUUGGGUCAUUAAAUGCAACUUUCUACAUUUUUUUCCCACAUGGAAGCAUAAGGUAAAUAUCAAAAGCAGAGUGUUUAAUUAUGAUUGACAAUAAUUUCAAACAGGCAGGCAGUUUGCCCCAGGUAGCUGAUGUUGAUGAUUUCAUUUCGAAUUACUGUGGUUAUUUUGCAUAAUACUUCAGUUUUAACCUUCAGCCUGCUGGCGGCAAGUGAUUUUUUAGCUCAUCUGAUUUUUUGAAAAAAAAUGAUGAGUUAUUGUCAUCACUUGAGCGGUUGUCGGCGUCUGCGUCGGCGUUGCCUGGUUAAGUUUUAUGUUUAGGUCAGCUUUUCUCCUAAACUAUCAAAGCUAUUGCUUUGAAACUUGGAAUACUUGUUCACCAUCAUAAGCUGACCCUGUAUAGCAAGAAACAUAACUCCAUCUUGCUUUUUGCAAGAUUUAUGGCCCCUUUUCUACUUAGAAAAUAUCAGAUUUCUUGGUUAAGUUUUAUGUUUAGGUCAACUUUUCUCCUAAACUACCAAAGCUAUUGCUUUGAAACUUGGAAUACUUGUUCACCAUCAUAAGCAGACCCUGUACAUCAAGAAACAUAACUCCAUCUUGCUUUUUGCAAGAUUUAUUGCCCCUUUUGGACUUAGAAAAUCAGUUUCAUUGGCUAAGUUUUAUGUUUAGGUCAGCUUUUAUCCUAAACUAUCAAAGCUAUUGCUUUAAAACUUGCAACACUUAUUCACCAUCAUAAGCUGACCCAGUGCAGCAAGAAACAUAACUCCAUCCUGCUUUUUGCAAUAAUUAUUGCCCCUUUUGGACUUAGAAAAUCAUUUUCUUGGUUAUGUAUUAUGUUUAAGUCAACUUUUCUCAUAAACUAUCAAAGCUAUUGCUUUAAAACUUGCAACAGUUUUUCACCAUCAUUAGUGGACACUGAACAUCAAGAAACAUAACUCUAUCCUGCUUUUUGCAAGAAUGAUGGCCCUUUUUAGACUUAGAAAAUCAUGGGUAGGACAAUAUUUCUAUUACACAAAAAAAAAUCAGAUGAGCGUCAGCGCUCUUGUUUUGCUUUUGCGACCAGCUAGUGUAAACCAAAAUCAGCCUGCACAUUCAUGCAGACUGAUUAUGGUUUAUUCAGUCAGUAAAUUUUCAGUGAACACCUUAUGAAAUAAUAAGUGGUGCUGCCCAAAUUGAAUGAUGGACCAGUCCAUUUAAGAUCUUUAGCUGGGUAAAGGUUAAAAGAGGACAUAGAAUCUCCUAUGUUUUAUGACAUAUUAUCUGCUGAAAUUUAAUUUUUAUUUUGAUGAUAACAUCCAUAAUACCAACAUUAUUACAGGGACCAGGGUACUUUAAAAGCUUACACAAAAGGUGUUUGUUUUUAGCUCACCUGUCACGAAGUGACAAGGUGAGCUUUUGUGAUCGCGCAGCGUCCGUCGUGCGUGCGUGCGUGCGUAAACUUUUGCUUGUGACCACUCUAGAGGUCACAUUUUUCAUGGGGUCUUUAUGAAAAUUGGUCAGAAUGUUUAUCUUGAUGAUAUCUAGGUCAGGUUCGAAACUGGGUCACGUACGGUCAAAAACUAGGUCAGUAGGUCUAAAAAUAGAAAAACCUUGUGACCUCUCUAGAGGCCA